AAACAAAACAUGAACGACUUGUUAUGAUUUCCUGUUUAGUACUUCCGGAAAGAAAGUAUAAUCUACCCUAGAAAUGUUUUGAAACAUUGUUUUUAAAUCAUUAAAUCGUCGUAGCUUCCAACCCAGUUGAAGGAAGGAUGGCAACAGGACAGCUACAGACUGGUCUCCCACCCCUAUCUCAGGCCCCUCCUACAAUGUCCCAGGUAGACAGAGAAAAAAUCUACCAGUGGAUCAUAGAACUGACAAACCCAGAGACCAGGGAAAAUGCAUUACAAGAACUCAGUAAGAAAAGGGAGGCAGUGCCAGACCUGGCUCCAAUGCUAUGGCAUUCCUUUGGUACAGUUGCUGCUCUACUGCAGGAAAUUGUUAAUAUUUACCCAGCAAUCCAUCCCCCCCAUCUCACGGCUCACCAGUCCAACAGAGUAUGCAAUGCCCUGGCCUUACUGCAGUGUGUGGCCUCACACCCAGAAACCAGAUCUGCAUUUCUUCAGGCCCACAUUCCUUUGUUCCUGUAUCCGUUUCUGCACACCAUCCAUAAGACCCGCCCAUUCGAGUAUCUGCGGCUGACCAGUCUAGGUGUAAUAGGUGCUCUAGUCAAGACAGAUGAACAAGAAGUCAUAACUUUCCUUCUGACAACUGAGAUAAUCCCACUUUGUCUGCGAAUAAUGGAGGCAGGAAGUGAACUCUCAAAAACAGUUGCUACAUUCAUUCUACAGAAGAUUUUAUUGGAUGAAUUAGGUCUCUCCUACAUAUGUCAGACCUAUGAAAGAUUUUCACACGUUGCUAUGAUUUUAGGGAAGAUGGUGCUACAUUUGUCAAAAGAAAUGUCUGCCAGGCUUUUGAAACAUGUUGUCCGGUGCUACUUGAGGUUGUCUGAUAACCCACGAGCAAGAGAAGCACUUCGACAAUGUCUGCCUGACCAACUCAAGGACAACACUUUUUCCAGUUGUAUGAAGGAUGACAAUGCUACAAAAAGGUGGCUGAUGCAGCUACAGCAGAACUUAGAGGCUCCAGGGAUUCCUGAUCCUAGAAGUAUGCCCCUACACCAACAGUGAGAAGGCCAUAAAAUGGGGAAUUUCAAUUCUGUAUGAAACACUUGUGUUGUAGAGUACUGUGUUUUCAGUUGUGAAUACUUUGUCAGUGAUCUCAGAAACGUGACAGAAAAUAAAGUACUGAUUCAGACUUACCAUGUACCUGUAAAUAAAUAAUUCACAAAGUCAGAAA